UUUCUGUGAUGAGAAGCUACGAUUAUGAGACUAUAUAUACACUAUUAAGUUAUGCUUACCACCUCCCACUUCCGCCCUCUCCCUUCAUUCCUCUUCCACUCCUCCCUUUGAAUGAAUGUAGCCGGGUGGCCUAGAUAGUGCUUCCAUCUCUGGAUGUUGUCCUGUGGGGGUCUUCAGUGAUGGGACAGACAGUAAUUUAGAUCAGAAUGUUUUUUAAAUGUGUUGGUGAGAUAUUAAUGCUUUUGAUUAUCAGUCAUAAUAUUUAUCCAAACAACAGAGAUGGUUAAUCAAAUAACAAGCAACUGUAUGGAUAGAUAUGUUCACAGAAGACAUUGCUGGACUUGUAAAAUAUAAACAGUGCAUCAUUUGUAAUUCCUGUACAUCUGUCCCCAUUCCAGCUGGGGCUUUUUCUCCUCUCAUUUCUGGGUCUAAAAAUCAGGUUAGCGUUUUAUAAGGAGCUUAGCGCAGAGGGCCACAGUGUGCCACUAAUGUAAUAGAAUAUCUCUCUCCCUCUCUCCCUCUCUCUCUCUCUCUCUCUCUCUCUCUCUCUCUCUCUUGCUCUUUCUCUCUUCAUUCUGUCCUCUUUUCUCUUUGUGCAUUUGCUUACUCUGUCAUGGAGUGACCUCUCUCUCUUUCUCAGCGCAUGUCUUUCAUUCUCCUUGGCUGUCAUCCCUCUUUCAGACUGCUUUGCCGUUGUAGAUGAAAUGCUGAGGUUUCCACAUCAGGACUGGGACAGUUUGUGAACAAGACAAACCAGGCAGGGAAAGUAGAGGACAGGGACAAGGAGACACACUGCUGCUCCCACUGACAUACGGAGAAGACAUACACAGAAUACACAUGGAGACCUUCUUGGGAGACACAGAAGAAAGCCCUGAGGACUCUUCAGGACGCAAAAAGUCAAAGCUGAAGUUAAUAAAAUCACGUCUCUUUGGGAAAAGCAAGAAAGGACAAACAAGUAGAAAACUGAGCCAGUCUGCCAGUGAUAUCACAGAUGCGGAGGCACUUGGAUCCAAUGAAGAUCUAGUAUGUAAUCCAGCAGCUAUGGGAUCGCGAGCAUUUUCUCAUGACAGCAUCUUUUUGGCUGACCAUGCCUUAACAGAAGCUGAACCAACCAGAGUUUUAUCCCAGGAGAAUGUUCACUUCAAAAUCAAAGCACUACAGGAGAAGUUACAACAACAAAAGUUUAAUUUGGGGCCACCACCUCAGAUUACUCCCAGCAAAUAUUCAGAAGAUCAAACUGUUCGCUCAGAAGAAGAUGUCCACAACGAAUCAGAGAUGACAGAGAGGCCCAUAACAACACAGGACCAUCUAAAUAAGGUUUUAUCCCAAAUGUCCUCUAAUCCUAUGCUGCUCACCACUAAACCAGUGCCAACCAAACCUUCUCCAAAAACGUCUCCUAUCGAGGAGACACCACUAGACUUCAGCUCUCCAGCGCAGUUCACCUCCAGCUUAGAUACCUCAGCUGCCCGCCACCGCCUGUCUGUUAAACCCCGAAACCAGCGGGCCAGCUCAAAGAAGAGAGUCUCCACUGUUGACUCCACAGCUCUAACAUUUGACCCAAACGACUCAGAAACACUUAAAGAGGAGAAUGAACAGCCCGUUGUCCAAGAAGAGCCAACAAGUGAAAUUGUGAAUACAAAGGUGAAUGAAACUACAUCAGUGGAAUCAGAACCCACAAAGCCUGAGCCAUCACCGAAGCCGUCUAGCAUUGUUUCUCCGCAAAAAGACAUUUCUAUUCUUGGGAAAAUGCCCACAGUGUCCGCUCAGAUUCUUCGGCCAAAAGCUAACAGACCUGCAGAUGUAAUUCCCCGGCCACACUCAUCUUGUAUUGUGUCAGAAGCAAAGGGAACGCCUUACAGCUCUGGAAAUUUUGACAUACAAUUUUUGAGGGAUACACAAAACAAGACUUGGGCUACUAAUAUGAAGUCUAAAACAAUGUCCUCUGACCAGCCAGCUGUGAGUACAGGAAUAGCAUUACGGCCUACAGUUGAGUUAGACAGGACAUCAGCAAUUAAGAGACCUCUCCCUGGCUCUGGUUCCUUUCAUUUGUCUGCUUCUAAUAGGAAGGAAGAGGAGGAAAGGCCACGUUCAGGCAGUUUUACUGGGGUUCGUGAACAUGCUUGGAUAAAAACAGGAGGGAAAAAAAUGGACCCCUCUCCAAAUGUAAGCCCUAAAGUGGAUUUAAAACCUGGUGGGGUUCCCCUUAGAAUGGGAAGAGAAGAAACAUGGAUGAUAAAGGAUAGUCUUAGAAAGGUAGAAACAGUGAAACCGUCUAGAAACAAACUCACAGACACAGGUGAUCAUUCUGACACAGCAAAGGAGGCAGAGGAGGAAGAAGCAAAGACAACAUUUGGUGUUAAACUGCGGUCCACAUCUCAGUCUGUGAGGCUGAGGCCAGAAACGGCUUCAAAUGAAUGUUUAAAGUUAGCAGUGACUGAGGAAAAACAACAUAAACAAGACACAAGUAAUAAUACUGACCUAUUGUCUACAAAAGCCACCACUGCAGAAACCAAGUACGAUGUAUCUACAGCCCCAUCUGCACCCAGUGUCCCAACCAAACAAACAGCCCCUGCUCCUGUUAACACCCCACUGGUUUGUGCUGAGGCCCAGCCCUCACAAGCUAAAGGUUUCCCCCAGGCCCCUCAGGGGCCCCAGCCUCAAGCCUCUUCAACAGAAGUGUCCUGGAUGAGUAUGGCCAUGGAAAAGACUAGAAAUCUUCAAAAUCUUUUUACAAGUAAAUUUCCCAAAGAUCUCACUGGAGGGCAGACUGCAGUUUGUUCACAUAAAAUACAAGUUCAAACAUCAAAUCUAGCACAAACAGACACACAAAGAUUGGAUGCAAAAAGUACAAAUCAGCCAUUAAGCAAUGUCUCUGCAACUGAAGCAGUGGAACACAAACCCCCAGCACAAACUGUAAAGCCUUUACUACCUACAACCACAGCACAGCAGAACUCAUCAGCAUCUCCUUUUAGAGAAAGUCAAAUAUCAAAACCAACAGUGUCACAGCCAGUGUCAACAGAGGCAGUCACCCACUCUGUAGCUCAGGGCAAUAUAUGGACCAGUCAGUCUCCUCUGCGCUCUGUUCGACAGGUAGAAAGCACAUCACAGGGCAGUCCCUCCAGUCCUCACAGCACAUCUCAGCCGCCCCUCUGGAGCACUCGCAGUCUGCGCUCUACAGGUCUAACAGUGACUCAGGAUACCACUGCUAAUACUAAGACCAGCACAGCUCCUUUGGAAGAGACGGAGGGUCAGUCAGUUUGGGGUGCAUCAGUGAGUAAGAAAGCGGCUUUUUUGGAGAAAAGAGCUGAGUGGACAUCUUCACCAGUGGAAAUAAAAAGUGAGACAUUAGUCACCAAAGAGGCAAAAGCAGAGACUAGGCAUACAGUGUCAAACCCUAAAAGGAUCCCAGAGAGGCCAAAAGAAGAAAAAUGGAUUCGAAAAACUGCUGAUCCUUCCCCUGCUCCAUCAUCUUCUCCUACCCUGUCCUCUACCCUACAGUCUAUGUCUGACAGUGGAGAACUGUCCUGGAUAGAGCUUGCAAAAAGAAAAUCAAUGGCUUGGAGUGAUAAGACCAUGGACUUAUGAUAGCUGAACUGUACUGGGGAUAUUUAAAAGUAGCAAUAUCUUCUUUACUAGUAAAUGUUUCAAAAGUAUUUUAUACAAUGUAACAUUU